UUGCAGAUAAAUGCAUUGUGUAUGGCAUUCUAUGCACGAUCUGAAGAGGCACGUAAGAGUCAUUUUAUUCACAAGCUUUCUUCGGGAGCACUUGCAUUGGAGGAUGCACUCUCAAAAGGAUUACCAAUCCAAAAAGAAAUAGAUGCACUGCAGACUUAUCUUGAAGGUGUCCAGAAGGACUCAAUUCUAGAUGUGGUCUUAUCAUCACUUCCGGAAGAAACACGAAACUAUGGCACUGAUACUCUACUGCAAUUAAGCCAAAAGUUUAAUACCUUGAAAGGGGCACUAAGGCACUUCAGCUUAAUUCCACGGGGUGGGGGUGGCAUCUUGGCACAUUCUUUAGCUCAUAUUGCAACUUGGCUAAAGGUUAGGGAGGUUGACGAGGGAAUUGAAUAUGUUAUCAACUGCGUCGAAAGUUACUUGGCUGAUGGAAACCUUGUUGAAGCAGCAGCUGCUCUUGAAGAUGGUGUAAAAGGUAGCCAAGCAGAAGAUGUAGUUGGUGAUUGGGUGAGGCAAGCACGGAAUCGAGCAAUAACAGAGCAAGCCCUAACUUUGCUUCAAUCAUAUGCUACUUGCAUAAGUCUUACUUAAGAUUCCAACUUCUUUUUAUCUGGACUGGGUGUAUGUCUUGGUAUCAAAUUUUGGCCUCUCGUACUAAUAUUUUGUGUACUCCCAAAAUGUGAUUAAAAAAAAAAAAAAAAGGGCUCUAUAUAUUAUACCCUGAGGAGGAACAAAAAUAAAAGUUUUCCUCUGAGGAACUUAAGUUCAUCUGAGUUGUACAAGAAUUUCCUUGUCCUUUUGUUGAUCCUGAAAAUAAAAACUUCAGUCCUUGCAGGCGGACUCUUAAAAAUAUUUCUUUUACUUAUGGCACGUCCAUGUUACUCACC